CCUGCCAAGAAGGAAAAGCCUCGCCUGAGGCUCGCCUUGGGUGCCGGGGUCGAGGCCGGAGGAGGAGGGGCCUGCGAAGAGAAAGGAAAAUGAAACCUCCGGCGCGCCCCCGAGACUCAGGAAGCCGGGCCGAAGCCUCGGUGGCCGGCUCCUCAUGAAGCUGGGGCCGUGGCUCCUCUCGGCCGUUCUCGCCUGCCUCCUCGAGGGCACCCGCGGCGAGUCGGCCGGAGAGGAAAACGGCCUCCCUCAUGACAACCUGGAGGGUCCUUUCGUCACCCCCGGGGAGGGCGAGGGGAAGAAGAAGGAAGCGGCGCUGCGGGAAAGCAUUAAAAGAAUUAACAACUUGAAUUCAUUAUCAUCUGGUGACAACAUUACAGCUUUCUAUGGAAUAAAUCAGUUUUCCCAUUUGUUUCCUGAAGAAUUUAGAGCUAUUUACUUACAGUGCAGAGCUUUUAAAGUUCCCAAAUAUAACCGGGAAGUUUCACUAGAAGGAACAGAAAAGCCCUUACCAGCAAAGUUUGAUUGGAGAGACAAAAAAGUUAUUACCCAAGUGAGAAAUCAAGAAACGUGUGGUGGUUGCUGGGCUUUCAGCAUUGUUGGUGCAAUAGAGUCUGUCUAUGCAAUUAAAGGGAAUGUUCUGGAAGAAUUCAGUGUACAACAAGUUAUUGACUGCUCAUACAAUAAUGUUGGUUGUCAAGGUGGCUCAACUGUUGCCGCUUUGAGUUGGCUGAAUCAGACACAUGUCAAACUGGUGAAAGAUUCAGAGUAUUUAUUUAAAGCUGAAACAGGAUUGUGCCAUUACUUCAGUCGCUCAGAUUUUGGAGUCUCGAUUAUAGAUUAUGCUGCAUAUGAUCUCAGUGGCCAGGAAGAUAAAAUGAUGAAGAUGCUGUUUCAUUGGGGCCCUUUGGCAGUAAUUGUAGAUGCAGUUAGCUGGCAAGAUUACCUUGGUGGUAUCAUACAGCAUCAUUGUUCCAGUGGAGAAGCAAAUCAUGCUGUUCUCAUUACAGGUUAUGACACAACAGGUAGCAUUCCUUAUUGGAUUGUACGGAACUCCUGGGGACGUACAUGGGGAAUAGAUGGCUAUGCUCAUAUUAAAAUGGGUUCCAAUAUCUGUGGAAUUGCUGAUGAAGUUUCUGCUGUGUUUGUGUGAAAUGGCUGCUCUGGAUGAAGGACUUGUACAUUUAUCAUGCUUUUUCCAAUAUGAAUGCAUUUUAUUUUCAAACCAGAAAACUUUGUGCAUUGAAACCAUAACAAAUCUAAUGCGCUGCUUAGGAGAUUUUUCUUCUAGGCCACUGCUGUUUGAAUCAUACUCAAAUUAUGCAGCAGUAAUGCAUUUUAUAUGCCUAGGUAUGGUGUGAAGUGUGGUAAUCUUGAUUCUAUUUAUGAUUAUAAAAAUACCUCAAAGAAGUGUCUUGAGGUACUGUGCCACAUGAGAUAAAGAGUUAAGUUCAUGUCUUGGAGAUCUGAAUUCAUCAGGUAUUUAAUUGUUAUGUAGCCUUAGGUAAAUUGCACUCAGCACCUCCAUUCCCUAUUUGGUAGUAACAGUCAGCCAUAUUACUAGAUUAUUGCAAAGACAAAACACAAGCUAGAGCAUUUGCAAAUAAACCUCAGAAUUUUAAGUAUGAAUAAUUAGGGAACCUACCUCUUCUUCCCAUGUUUUAUGUAAUGUUCAUAUAUAUAUCAGCAGUGCUGUUUAAAGCCCUGAUUUCUAUGAACCACCCUCUAGAGCAGAAGUAGGCAGUUUUCUGGUGUGUGUAUGUGUGGGGGUGCUGCUGCUUGAGAUUCCAUUGUUGUUAUCAAAUUUUGGCAGCAACUAUAGCAGAUCUCUUGGUUUACAGACUGCCAGAGUGCCCUCUCUCAUUAUAAAGUUCUGCAAACUGGCAGGACAGAAGGUCUUCUUCCCUUUUGCUUUGUUUUGACUUCUUGGACUACAAGUGAGCAGCAAAGACUUCAGGAGUGGCUGGCAUGUGCUUCAGUAUAGCUGGUGGUGAGGAAUGGUAAGCAGCAGUCGUAACAUCAUCAGGAGAGCUGCAGUAGGCCCAUCUCUGUUUUGUCUGCUAUUUCCAUGCUCCUGAUGUGUCUUUCAUUCCUGUUCUUGACCUUUUUUUGCUCUUCUGGAACCUGACAUGAAACUGUCCAGGAUAUGUGACAGUAUGUCCAGUCUAGGUAUGAGCUUGACUCAAACUGAUUUAUUAAGUCUGGCUUAUAACUGAUAAUUAUUGAGAAUGCUGUUCUCUUUCCUUGGCAACAGCCUUUCACAAACAAAUGAAUAGCAUUUUGAAAAUAACUAACAUUUGAUGACAAAAUGGUAAGAACUAUAAUUGGUUAGUGGUAGUGAUCCACAGAUUCAUUUUGAUUAACACCCAUGUAAAUGUUAGUUGAACUGUAAAAAUAUUUUAUACACUUGCGUGAACAAUACCUAAUUUUUGUAAUAAAGUUGAAAGCAUAAAAACUG